AUGUGCAACUCAAACUGUUUAAUUAUUUUGCUACUUUGCUGUGUCCUGAUUAAAGCCCACUUAAUUACAAAGUUCCGUGAAAAACAAGCCUAUAAAAAUGUAAAUUUCUAUAAGGAAUUUUUAAAGGAAAUCAAAAAGCAACAAAACUAUGAUGGUCUAAUUGUGGUGCAACAGACAAUGAUACAAGAUCCAAGAGUGCAAAUGAUAUAUUCUUUGGAGGAGCCUAAAUUCAUAAUUGAAAAUCAAACUAGUUUCUAUUACAAGGAACAAUACAACAGUGAGAUAAUGGCAGUGGUAGUAAUGCAGUAUAAAUUUCAUAGCAAGUUGUGGCAACUUUUUGCCAGCACCCUGAAUGGCAUGCGUCAAGUAAGAGUUUUAGUGAUUUGUGUAGACAUUGGCAAUUUACAACAGCUCCAGCAGGAUGUUUUAAUGGAAUGUGAGAAAUUUAAAUUCACCAAUGUUCUAUUGCAUUUUAUAAAUUCAUCUACUUCUGAGGAGCCACCUCUGGCAUAUUUGCAAAUGCUGCCCUAUCCAAUGUAUCACUUAAAACAGAAACGUAUUGGUCAGGAUAAAGAACAAUACUUUCCCACACAUUGGCUGAAUAUGCAGGGAAAAACAUUAUUGACUCUACCCGAUCAAAAUGUGCCACGCUCAAUGAUGUACCGAGAUGCUAAAGAUCAAAUACAGUUCAGUGGUUUUGCUGCCAAACUGGUUCUAUUAUUUGCUGAAGUGUUUAAUGCCACUUUAGAGAUGCCCUUUCUGCCAAAGUUUAAGGAAGUCAUGCAUUUUAGUGUGCUCUUUAACAUGACCAAACAUGGUGAGUUGGAUAUACCCAUGAGUGAGUAUCCAGUGUUUAGUGGUCGUGUACUGAAACAUCUGUCUUACAUAACGGAAGUCAGUAAAUGGAUGGUCAUGAUACCCUGUGCCAGUAGAAUGAAAAUUAGUCAAGUAUACGAGGUGCUGUUAACUCCUGACUUAUUUUCUGUAAUAUUAAUCUUCACUAUAACAUUUUCUCUGGUCCACACGAUUAUAGAGAAGCUAUUCUAUAAUCGAAUGAUUUGGCUAAAUGUGUUAAUGAGCGAUAAAGUUAUUCCGGGCAUAUUGGGUCAAUCGUUUGCUUUGAAAACUUCGCGUUUAAUAAGUCUUCGUUUAAUUUACAUAUUGCUUUUUGUUAUGGGCCUCUACAACAGCACUAUAUUUUCGGCUUAUUUGCAAACUUUCAUCACCAGUCCUCCGUAUCAGCGGUCCAUAACUUCAUUUGAUGACUUGCGUUCAAAGGGAAAGAAAAUACUUUUAAACAGACUGGACAUAAUAAAUAUGGAGGGCAACGGUUACCAGGUCAUCAAGCAUAUGGAAGGCACCAUUGAGUACACCGACAAUGCAACAUUGUACAGUGAAUAUCGAAAAAACUUCAACACAACUUAUGGUUAUGCCGUCACUACGACUCUUUGGCAAAUAUUUUCAAAUAUCCAACAAUAUUACGCGGACAAGGUAUUUUGCGUUACUCAAGACUUGAGUAUACGCGAUGUAAUACCAUUUGGUGUACCACUGGGGGAACAUUCACCUUUAAAAGAGCCCCUGAAUUAUGUUAUACAUAAAAUGCAUGCUGCUGGUCUACUACAUGCUUGGCGAUUUCAGGUCUACAAUGAUCUACUCAAUUUGAAAAUGAUCACUCUACGUGACUCGAGCAGAAUUAAGACGUAUGAUGAUUUAACGGAAGGCGAUUUAUUAAUAGUUUGGUUGAUUUUAAUAGUCGGUUUAUUGGUUAGUUUGAUGGUGUUCUUUGUGGAAAUAAUAGUUAAUUGCUGCAUGGAGUAUUUCCAAAAAAAGAAAGUACUGAUUACUUAA